AACCGUCCGGCCGGCUCCCAAGAACCAUCCAUCAUAUCGUCGUCGUCCAUAGCUAGCAAUCACCAAGUACUAUACGGUACCAUAUAGCUAGCUAGGCAUCUCUACCAGUAAGAGAGAAUGGCCGAGAACCUGAAGCCCGUCGCCCUGCUGCUGCUGCUGCUGAACCUGAGCUUGUACACCAUCCUUGCCAUCAUCGGCGGGUGGGCGCUCAACGUCUCCAUCGAACGCGGCUUCAUCAUCGGCCCCGAGCUGCGGCUCCCGGCUCAUUUCCACCCGAUUUUCUUCCCCAUCGGCAACUUCGCCACCGGCUUCUUCGUGCUCUUCUCCCUGAUCGCCGGCGUCGUGGGGAUCGCCUCCGCCAUGGUGGGUUUCAACCACCUCCGCUCCUGGAACUACCACAGCCAGCAGCCGGCGGCGGCGUUCGGCCUCGUCGCGUGGGCUCUCACAGUCCUAGCCAUGGGACUAGCUUGUCAGGAGAUCUCCUUGGACCGAAGAAACGCCAAGCUGGGCACCAUGGAGGCCUUCACGAUCGUCCUGACAGUGACGCAGUUCUUCUAUGUCCUCGCCAUUCGGGGGGGGAAUCAUGGCCCAGUCCCGGUGGAACGCCACGGCAACUUGGCAUGAUCGAUCGACACGGAAGCAUGCAAGUGGAGGGAGGGGUGCUUGCCUUGUUCCUUUUGGCUUCGCUAAUACUACUACUAUAAAUCACACAUCAUUCUUUGAGUGCAAAUCUGAUUAAUAUAUUGGAACUGUUGAUAAGUAUUUCAAGUAUAAUCCAUAAAGAAAUGAGUUUGGUUUGGUUUAA